UCGGUGGCGGCGGAGGCGGCGGAGGCCAGGGAGGAAGAUGUCGUAAUGAGCGGGGGCGAAUCUGUCAGACAACCUAUCAAUUGGGCUGAUGAUGUCAAUGUUCCAGUGGCUUCCAACAGGCAUUAAUACCUGUUGGAAAUGGAUUCUCAUUGGCUGGGGCGAUUGCAGAUCCACAGACCAGCAUGGCUGCCACUGCCGCCGUCAGUCCCAGUGACUACCUGCAGCCUGCCGCCUCCACCACCCAGGAUUCCCAGCCAUCUCCCUUAGCCCUGCUUGCUGCAACAUGUAGCAAAAUUGGCCCUCCAGCUGUUGAAGCUGCCGUGACGCCACCUGCUCCCCCGCAGCCCACACCGCGGAAACUCGUCCCUAUCAAACCUGCCCCUCUCCCUCUCAGUCCUGGCAAGAAUAGCUUUGGAAUCUUGUCCUCCAAAGGAAACAUACUUCAGAUUCAGGGGUCACAAUUGAGCGCAUCCUAUCCUGGGGGGCAGCUGGUAUUUGCUAUCCAGAAUCCCACCAUGAUCAACAAAGGGACCCGAUCAAAUACCAACAUCCAGUACCAGGCGGUCCCUCAGAUUCAGGCAAGCAGUUCCCAGACCAUCCAAGUACAGCCCAGUCUCACCAACCAGAUCCAGAUCAUCCCUGGCACCAACCAAGCCAUCAUCACCCCCUCACCAACCAGUCACAAGCCUGUCCCCAUCAAGCCAGCCCCCGUCCAGAAGUCGAGUACGACCACCACCCCUGUGCAGAGCGGGGCCAAUGUGGUGAAGCUGACAGGUGGGGGUGGCAAUGUGACGCUCACUCUGCCUGUCAACAACCUCGUGAACACCAGCGACACUGGGGCCCCUACUCAGCUCCUCACGGAGAGCCCUCCCACCCCACUGUCUAAGACUAACAAGAAAGCCAGGAAGAAGAGUCUUCCUGCCUCCCAGCCCCCUGUGGCCGUGGCUGAGCAGGUGGAGACGGUGCUGAUCGAGACCACCGCAGACAACAUCAUCCAGGCAGGAAACAACCUGCUCAUCGUUCAGAGCCCAGGCGGGGGCCAGCCGGCUGUGGUCCAGCAGGUCCAGGUGGUGCCCCCCAAGGCUGAGCAGCAGCAGGUGGUGCAGAUCCCCCAGCAGGCCCUGCGGGUGGUGCAGGCGGCAUCCGCCACCCUCCCCACCGUCCCCCAGAAGCCCUCCCAGAACUUUCAGAUCCAGGCAGCUGAGCCGACACCUACUCAGGUCUACAUCCGUACGCCUUCUGGUGAGGUGCAGACAGUCCUUGUGCAGGACAGCCCUCCAGCAACAGUUGCGACCACCUCCACCACCACUUGUAGCAGCCCUGCGUCCCGUGCUCCCCAUCUGAGCGGGACCAGCAAAAAGCACUCGGCCGCAAUUCUCCGGAAAGAGCGUCCCCUGCCAAAGAUCGCCCCUGCUGGGAGCGUCAUCAGUCUGAACGCAGCCCAGCUGGCGGCAGCGGCCCAGGCCAUGCAGACCAUCAACAUCAACGGUGUCCAGGUCCAGGGCGUGCCCGUCACCAUCACCAACACCGGUGGGCAGCAGCAGCUGACGGUGCAGAAUGUUUCUGGGAACAACCUGACCAUCAGUGGACUGAGCCCCACCCAGAUCCAGCUGCAGAUGGAGCAAGCCCUGGCCGGAGAGGCCCAGCCCGGGGAGAAGCGGCGCCGCAUGGCUUGCACGUGUCCCAACUGCAAGGAUGGGGACAAGAGGUCUGGAGAGCAAGGCAAGAAGAAGCAUGUUUGCCACAUCCCUGACUGCGGCAAGACUUUCCGUAAGACGUCCUUGCUGCGGGCCCACGUGCGCCUGCACACCGGCGAGCGGCCCUUUGUCUGCAACUGGUUCUUCUGUGGGAAGAGGUUCACACGGAGUGACGAACUCCAGCGGCACGCCCGCACCCACACAGGGGACAAACGCUUCGAGUGCGCCCAGUGUCAGAAGCGCUUCAUGAGGAGUGACCACCUCACGAAGCAUUACAAGACCCACCUGGUCACGAAGAACUUGUAAGGCCAGCUGGGGCAGGAGGCCCCGAAGAUGCAAUCCCCCGUCUGUGUCCCGCCUGGGCCUCCAGCAAAAAGGAGGCCCCGGCUGCCCCAGGCCUGCCCGCAGCCCUUCCCUCCUGUACUGCAACUGUCCCCACAGGAAGGGGCUCUGCUGCCCUGCACUCGCCUCCUUCUGAAGCCCCUUGGCUCCGCCCUAGCCCUUCCCUCUCACCACGAGCUCCCGGCCUGCCCAGACUGUGGACACUGGCCGUGCCCAAUGAGACGUUCUAAACCAGGACGAGUGGGAACCCUUAUUUCCAAAGGAAAAACAUGAAUUUCACUCCGUCGAGGAGCAAAGUGAGCCCCCCCCAACACUGCCGGAGUCGCAUCGUGCCAUGCCCCUCUCUCUCCUGCACCUUCCUGGUCCCGCCAGCCACCGUGGACGCCCCAGGGCCGUGCACCCAGGGCACCGCUGGCACUGCCUCGGAAAGGCUCCAGAGGCCACCUCCACUCCACUCCACACGCCCCAGCCCCGCCACAACUCCCCUCCAGCACAUUCCAACUUUCUAUUUAAAAAGUAAAGCUACCCACAGACUCCCUGACUCCCCUCUUUUUCUAUGGAGAACGUUGCCUUAUACUCGACUUCAGAUGAUGAACACUGUGUAUUGUGUGUGCUUUAAAGAAGUUUUAUUUAAUUGCUCCCCUCCUCCCGUCCUUGUGUCUCACCUCCCCAUGCCUGCUUUCAGUUUAGGGUUUUGGGGGGCAAUAAUGAGCAUACGAAUCUUUUUCUCACUCUAGCAAUUCUCUUUUCUAAAUGACAUAGCAUUUCAACUCGAAUCUGGAUUCAGAUAAAAACACCUUCACAUCCUGAACCUCUCCCGUCCCCCUUCAUCUCACCCACCCAACCGGCCCAAGCUCUACUUGUGUACAGUGUAUAUUGUAUAAUAGACGAUUGUGUCUACUACAUGUUUAAAAACAUAUUGCUUGUUAUUUUUGAGGCUUUUAAAUUAAACAAAAUCCAACUUUAUUUUUAGUUGUAACUGCUUGAGGUAUGUUUUAUGAAUUAAGUGACAGAUUUGUUAUCCUUUAUUAACGAUGUACUUUGUUGGUCAGCACUGGGCUGACAAAAAUUUUUUCUUGCUAAUAAAUUUAGUUGCCUGAGGCAAAAUCUGCAACUUGGCA